UUCCCUCCGCUCUUCCUCGCCCUCCUCCCACGCCCUCCCCUUUCUCCGCCGCCUGGAAUGAAGAUGGUGGCGAGUGUCCGAGUGCAGAAGCUGGUUCGCCGGUACAAGCUGGCGAUCGCCACGGCGCUGGCCAUUCUGCUCAUCCAGGGCCUGGUGGUGUGGAGUUUCAGCAGCCUGGAGGAGGACGACCAGGGAGAGAUUCAGCAAAGGAAGCCCCAGCUCCUUGAAAAUAGCGAUGGGUCCAAGGAUUCGGACAGCUCCGCGGGCCGACGGGGCAGCCUGAACCGAAAGCAUGAAAAGUGGAAGAACCAUCUGGAUAGUCCUGGAGCGCUGGUUGCCAAAGUGGUGAGAGCUGUCACGCUGAAGCAUGAGCCCAGCCACAGACUGCCAGUCUACUUGGAUUCUUCCAAUCGAAGGAACCUGACGCAGCUUAGAGGGGAUGCCCAACUGGCCAUGUUCCAGCACGGAGACACCGGCAGUGUGGAAGGGGCCCCGCAGCCUACAGAGAACAACUUCACUCCCAAGUGUGAAAUCACAGGCAAAGAUGCGCUGUCUGCCUUAGCCAGAGCUAGCAGUAAGCAGUGUCAGCAGGAGAUUGCCAAUGUGGUGUGCCUGCACCAAGCCGGGAACCUGAUGCCAUGGUCAGUACCCCGGCAGUGUCAGCUCUCAGGGAAAGUUAGUCCUGUGAUCCAAUGGGAUGAGAGCAGAAUGGUCCAGGCCUCUGUGAACAAGCCAGUUCGAAUUGCAUACAUGCUUGUGGUUCAUGGGCGAGCAAUUCGCCAGUUGAAGCGCCUCAUCAAGGCUGUGUAUCACCAGCAGCAUUUCUUUUACAUACAUGUGGACAAGCGUUCUGCGUACCUGCACCGUGAAGUGGUAGAGCUGGCCCAGCAUUAUCCUAACAUCCAGGUCACCCCCUGGCGCAUGGUCACAAUCUGGGGUGGGGCCAGCUUGCUGAAGAUGUACCUGCGCAGCAUGAAGGACCUGCUGGAGGUGACAGACUGGGCCUGGGACUAUUUCAUCAAUUUGAGUGCCACAGACUACCCCACCAGGACCAAUGAGGAACUAGUGACAUUCCUGUCAAAAUAUCGGGACAAGAAUUUUUUGAAGUCUCACGGACGAGAUAAUGCUAGGUUCAUCAAGAAGCAGGGCCUAGACAGACUUUUCCAUGAAUGUGACUCACAUAUGUGGCGACUGGGUGAACGGCAGAUCCCGGAAGGUAUUGUGGUGGAUGGUGGUUCAGACUGGUUUGCUCUAACUCGCAGUUUUGUGGAAUAUGUGGUGUACACCAGCGAUCAAUUGGUCUCCCAGCUGCAGCAGUUCUACACGUACACCCUUCUCCCAGCAGAGUCCUUUUUCCACACUGUCUUGGAGAACAGCCAUGCCUGUGAGACCCUGGUAGACAACAACCUCCGGGUGACAAACUGGAACCGCAAGCUGGGUUGCAAGUGCCAAUAUAAGCACAUAGUUGAUUGGUGUGGAUGUUCCCCAAAUGACUUCAAACCACAGGACUUCUUGCGAUUGCAGCAACUCUCCAGACCUACAUUCUUCGCCAGGAAGUUUGAGUCAACCAUCAAUCAGGAGGUGCUGGAAAUCUUGGACACUCAUCUCUAUGGUAACUACCCACCUAACACGCCAGCCCUCAAGGCCUAUUGGGAGAGUGUCUAUGACCGUGUGGAUGGGCUGAGUGGGUUCACCGACGUCACCCUGACUGUGUACACAUCCUUCUCCAGGCUGGGGCUACAAAAAAUGAUCUCUGCGCAGACCCAGAAAAAAGACAGGCCAUGCAGGUUUGAGCCACAGGGUUUUCCAUCCAGUGUGCACUUGUAUUUUUAUGAUGACCAUUUCCAGGGCUACUUGGUGACUCAGGAAGUUCAGAACUCUGCAACUCAGCAGGUGGAGUCUGUAGAAAUAUGGAUGAUGCCCCGUGGGACUCUCAAAUUAGCAGCUAGUGGCAAAUCAACCAACCGUUUGCAGAAUCUUGAGGUAGGUACUGAGUGGGACCCCAAAGAGAGGAUCUUCCGCAAUUUUGGUGGCCUGAUUGGGCCUUUCGACGAACCAGUGGCCAUGCAGAAAUGGGCACGGGGGCCCAACCUCACAGCCACUAUAGUUUGGAUUGAUCCCACCUAUGUCAUUGCCACGUCCUAUGAUAUCACAGUAGAUGCAGACGCAGAGUACACACAAUACAAACCACCUCUCAAUCGGCCCCUCCGCCCAGGUGUCUGGACUAUCCGCCUUCUCCAUUUCUGGGAGCCCUUGGGAGAGAGCCAGUUUCUAGUGGUCCCCCAGACCUUCAAUCACAAGCAGCCUCUCCGGAAAGAUGAUGGCAAGUGGCUGCAUGCUGGCCCUCCCCGGAAUGAGUACAUGGAGCAGAAUUUCCAGGGCCUGGCUGGGAUCUUGAGCCUUCCCCAUUUGGAUGAAAUGGGACGAGCUUCCCACCAGCACGCACAGCUCUUUGGCCACGCUCUGGAGAACUGGACAGAUAAUAGCAUCAGCAGUUUCUGGUUGGUAGCUGGUAUCUGCAUGGUAAGCCCUUCCAGCUGCUCCCCCUUGGAGCUUUGCAAUAAAACCUCCUGGAGUUCACUGUCCCCAGACCCAAAAUCAGAACUGGGGGCCAUCAAGCCUGAUGGACGACUGAGGUAGCAGGGGCAGCCGGCAGCACAUUCUUGGGAUCAAGGACGCAUCCCCCAUGGAGGGCAUGGGGUGAGGUGGGGAUAUGUGUCCCUCCUCUCUGCAGGGAGAACUCUUUAUGGCUUCAGCCUGUGGAAAUGCACCAUUGUCAUGUGGGACAAACACGAGGACAAAAACUUUUUAUCGUGGCAGGAAAUGGGCUUAGUGGUGCAAGAUGUUGCAGAGCAGAAUUCCCUCUCACCAUUCUCAGGAUUUGCUGGAAAGAAGUGAAGACAAGGAGGAGGAGCAACAUAUUUAUAAAUCAGAUCAAUGGAAAUGUUCUUGGCUGACAGGUUCAACUGAUAGCUUCCUGGAUCCAGUGCGCAUAGGCCAGCAUGACCUCCUCAAUCACGGAGUAUGCUCUGCAAGAGCAGGACACUUUGUUCCCAAAUGGUUGCUGGCAAAGGAUUCUGGGAAAUGGCAGGAUGGAGCUGAGGAAUACCGGAAGCCAGGCUGCUUGACAGACCUGUUUUCCACCUUUUUCUUCCUCCAUCCUUUUGGUACUUUUUUUUUUCCUUUUCUUUCUUUCUUUUUUCUUUUUUUAUAAAAGUGCAUGUGUAUAUAUAAGACAAAAGUGCAAUAUAGACCACAGUCAUCUUGCCUCCUUCUCCUCUGUGUCAGUGUUUCCAUUCUCUUCUCCAACUUGUCUUGAUGUUUUAUAGCGGUAACAAAAUUGAGUGCCCUCCUAGGCAUGCUGGGUGCUUGGAUCUUGCUGCUAAGAUUUGAAAGACAGUUUCUUCCUCUCGGGGGGCAACACCGAGAUGAGCUCUCCUUCCUGGCCUUACAAGCAAAACAGGAGCUGGGCCUCUCUGGCUGAUGUGCCAAGCUCCCCUUUUAAUGGAACUGCCAGUUGUGCCAAGCCCAGUGUACCCACUAAUACCUGUUGUAAAGUAUCUCCACUCUUACUGUCUCAUCUGUCCUUCUUCCUCUUCCAGUGUGAAUUCUAGCUAUAGUUACAUAUUGGUGGAGCUAGGCUAAUGGCCCUAACUAUCCUUUCCUAAAGGGUCUCAAGCCAUCUGAAGCAAAGCAUUAUAUACCCUCCCAUUUGCCUCUUUUCAUUGGAUUGCUGGACAUCUGCUGUCUUCUUCUAUCUCCCUCGGAUUCUCCUAACCUGUUUCCUCUCAUCCCUUAGAUGGUUUCUUCUAAGUUGUUUCAUGUUUCCUUAAUUUUUCAUUAAUCCUUAAGCUUGUCAAGUUCAAACAACAUUGUGUCCUGUCUACAUGUGCUCACACAGUCCUGCUGGAGAAGCUGUCCCUCCAAAGCUGUAGCUCCUCCAGCCAACAACAGAUUUCCCAUCCUCAGAGAGUGAUACUGUUCUGUACUGAAUGUGGUCCAAUGUCUAAACAUAUUUCUUAUUCUGAUCUGCUGUUUCAGAUUCAUCCCAGAAAGCUGAGUGAACCACCCCCAGUUGAACUGGGGCCAGCAGUGUCUGAGCUUGUUGUCUUUUCCUAAUGGUUAUUGGAGGGGGGAAGUAUUAAGAAAAGAAGCAUCUUCUUUGGAAUAUUUUUAAAUGUGUGCUGUAUCAGAGAACAUACUGAUCAUACUGAUCCGUCGUGGGCAGCUGAUGCCUUCCAGUAUAGUUGGGUUCCAGCUUUCAUAAGACACUACUAGCAUGGCCAGGGGUUAAGAAUGAUGGAAGUUGUAGUUUGACAUUGGGAGGGCAAUGUGGGGGACCCGUGACUUAGAUGAGUUCAUGUAGAGAGGAGUUGUUGCUGCCUGUGAAAAGGGAUUAUAGAAUGUGGCUAUACCCCACCUCCAUCUCCAGCUGAAUUUCUGAAGCAGCUUCAGAAAGAUUUUAAAAGGACUCUGACUUCAGGAUUUGGCCCAAGCUUUUCAACACCUGCUGGUGGAUCAAAAGCAUAGAAGACCAAAGUUGUCUGGGUUUAAAAAUUCCUUUUUAAGACCUGCGCUGGUGUAAAAAGAAAUGAAGCAAAUGGAAAUGUUCAUUGAUGAGGUCUGGCAGACUCACAGCACAAAUGGUUAGGAUCAGUUCCACCACUCGUAGCAUAGACCCUGGGGCUGGAGGGAGAGUAGCCCCUAAACCGGGAAAAGGGACUCAUGAAGCCUGUUCCAUAGACUAAGCUAAGGGGAAUAACUAGGCAGAGCAUCAGCUGAAACUCUUUCCAAAGAACAAGUGCUGAAAGAUGUGGUGUCAGAGCAUUAUGUAAAGUUGUCUUAUAUAUGCAACACAAAUAUAUCUAUAUCUCU